AUGCUGCCUCCAUCUCGGUCCAACCAUCAGGAUGCCGAGGCUGCAAAGAGCUCCGGCAUUCUCCACCGCAAUCUGAAGCAACUCCCUCUCAAGGUUGUUGGAGCUUCGGGAAACUACCUCGCUCUUUCCAAUGGCCAGCAGAUUUUAGAUGCUACCGGUGGCGCUGCUGUUUCAUGCCUGGGUCAUGGAGACAAGCGUGUUCAAGAUGCCGUCAUGCGACAAAUGAAUGAAGCGGCUUAUUGCCAUUCGUUAUUCUUCAGCACUGCUGCUGCUGAGGCUUUGGGCGAAGAGUUGGUUUUGGGAUCCAACAGAGAAAUGGCUAAGGCCUUCAUUGUCAGCUCAGGAUCCGAAGCCAUUGAAGCAGCAAUGAAGCUUGCCCGUCAAUACCAUCUAGAGAUCUCGCCUCCCCAGCCUCAACGCACCAAGUUCAUCGCCAGAAAGGAAUCGUAUCAUGGCACGACACUUGGUUCGUUGUCUCUGGGUGGGCACGUUAGUCGGAGAGCGCUGUUUGAGCCCAUGCUGCUAGAGAACAUCUCUCGUGUUUCCGCUUGCAACGCAUAUCGCGGUAAAGCAGACGGUGAGGGAGACGAAGAAUAUGUUGCUAGGCUAGCAACAGAGCUGGAUGAGGAGUUCCAGCGUCUCGGCCCUGAUACUGUGUGUGCUUUCGUGGCGGAGCCGGUUGUUGGUGCGGCUCUCGGCUGCGUCCCUUCCGUGCCCGGUUACUUCAAGGCUGUCAAGGCCGUCUGCGAUAAGUACGGGGCGCUGCUCAUCAUGGACGAGAUCAUGAGCGGCAUGGGCCGCACCGGUACGCUUCAUGCUUGGCAGCAGGAAGGCGUGGUCCCCGACAUUCAGACCAUCGGAAAGGGCCUAGGCGGCGGCUACGCUCCCGUCGCAGGCGUGCUAAUCAACCACCGUGUGGUGGGCGCGCUGGAGAAGGGCACCGGCAGCUUUUCUCAUGGCCAGACAUACCAGGGCCACCCAUUGGCUUGCGCGGCGGCGGCAGAGGUGCAGCGCAUCAUUCGGGAGGAUCAUCUGUGCGAGAAUGUCAGGGCUAUGGGGGGCUAUCUAGAGGAGUUACUCAAAAAGAAACUCGAGACUCAUCCAAAUGUUGGCAACAUUCGAGGCCGCGGGCUUUUCUGGGGAAUCGAAUUUGUGAAGGACAAGGCCACGAAAGAGCCGUUCGACCCGAGACUUGGCGUAGCAAUGGGCGUUCAUGAAAAAGGAAUGGAGCCCAAGUACAGCAUCUCGAUUUACCCAGGCACCGGCACAGUGGACGGCAAAUCCGGCGACCACGUGUUGUUAGCCCCCGCAUAUAACGUGACAAAGGCUGAUGUGGAGAAAAUCGUGGACUUAACGACUGCAGUCAUCACUGAGUUUUUCGCGGAGCUUUGA